GCCUUCUUAUUUCAUUCUUUAUCUCCGCUCACAAACAGGCUUAAAGCUAGUAGAUUUACAACUUUCAACGCUGCUUAAGAAUGGCAUCUGUUAUUUCUUCUGCUGUUGCCAUCACAUCAUUCACCGGCCUUCAGGCCGCCGGUUCCUCGACCUCAAAGUUGCGCCACCACCAAGGGUUCCACCCGUCCCCCAAGCUGGCCGUGAAGGCUUCAUUGAAAGAUAUAGGUAUUGCAGCAGUUGUUGCGACUGCUGCCACUGCAGUGCUAACCAGCAAUGCCCUGGCUGUCGAGGUCUUGCUUGGUGGUAGUGAUGGCACACUGGCUUUCAUUCCUGAUAACAUCUCUGUGGCCGCCGGAGAGAAAAUUGUGUUCAAGAACAAUGCUGGAUUCCCCCACAAUGUUGUUUUCGACGAGGAUGCAAUUCCGACAGGAGUUGAUGCGUCGAAAAUCUCUAUGUCGGAGGAGGACUUGCUGAAUGCAGCUGAAGAGACUUAUGCAGUGACUCUGACAGAGAAGGGAACUUACAGAUUCUACUGUACUCCUCAUGAAGGUGCUGGUAUGGUUGGCACAAUAACUGUAAACUAGAUUAGCAUGUUUGCCUGAUCUAAAAAAAUGUUAGCAACAUUUUUUUCUUUUAUUAAAAAUGUUUGGGAUUUUUAGUUCUUAAAUGCUAAUUAUCUCAGUUUUGUAUUUCUUGAUAUAUAUACACCCUAUGUAUUCUAUUGAAUAUUUAUGGAAUUUAGCCCUUGUUUGAGUCC